AUGGCGCCUCUGAGCCAGCUGAGUGGCCACAUCAACUCCACCUGUGAGGCAGAGAACUCCACGGGGGCCAGCCGAGCCCGCCCACAUGCCUACUAUGCCCUCUCCUACUGCGUGCUCAUCCUGGCCAUUGUCUUCGGCAAUGGUCUGGUAUGUGUGGCAGUGCUGAGGGAACGGGCUUUGCAAACCACCACCAACUACCUGGUGGUGAGCCUGGCCGUGGCAGACCUGCUGGUGGCCACCUUGGUGAUGCCCUGGGUGGUGUACCUGGAGGUAACAGGUGGAGUCUGGACUUUCAGCCGAAUUUGCUGUGAUGUUUUCGUCACCCUGGAUGUCAUGAUGUGUACAGCCAGCAUCCUGAACCUCUGCGCCAUCAGCAUCGACAGGUACACUGCAGUGGCCAUGCCAGUCCACUACCAACAUGGCACAGGACAGAGCUCCUGUCGGCGUGUGGCCCUCAUGAUUACAGCCGUGUGGGUACUAGCCUUUGCCGUGUCUUGCCCUCUCCUCUUUGGCUUCAACACCACAGGAGACCCCACCGUCUGCUCCAUCUCCAACCCUGAUUUUGUCAUCUACUCUUCAGUGGUGUCCUUCUACCUGCCCUUUGGAGUGACGGUCCUUGUCUAUGCCAGGAUCUAUGUGGUGUUGAGACAGAGGAGACGGAAACGGAUCCUCACUCGACAGAACAGUCAGUGCAUCAGUGUCAGACCUAGCUUCCCACAACAACCACUAUCCCCUGGCCGGGCACACCUGGAGCUGAAGCGCUACUACAGCAUCUGCCAAGAUACUGCCUUGGGGCAACCAGGCUUCCAAGAAGCAGGAGGAGAGUUGAAAAGGGAGGGGAGGACUCAGAACUCCCUCAGCCCCACCAUGGCACCCAAGCUCAGCUUAGAGGUUCGAAAACUCAGUAACGGCAGGUUGUCAACAUCUCUAAAGUUGGGGCCCUUGCAAUCCCGCGGAGUGCCACUUCGGGAGAAAAAGGCAACCCAGAUGUUGGCCAUUGUGCUUGGGACCUUCAUUGUCUGCUGGCUGCCCUUCUUUUUGACCCACGUUCUCAAUACCCACUGCCAAGUCUGCCAUGUGUCCCCAGAGCUUUACAGCGCCACCACGUGGCUGGGCUACGUGAACAGUGCCCUCAACCCUGUGAUCUAUACCACCUUCAAUGUUGAGUUCCGUAAAGCUUUCCUCAAGAUCCUGUCUUGCUGA